AUGGGCCACUCCGUUCUUGGCGCUCGAAAGUGGCGGUCGACUUCAUAUUUUCUCUUUUCUGCCCAAAAUGAACCGACUUAUCGGCGACUGGAGAUGACGUUUUUGCAGACUUUUCGGCUCAAUCAACUUCGUCAGAGGCAGACUUCGCGCGCUGGUGAGCAUCUCGGACGACAGACGCGACCGUCUCGCCGACGACGGCGACGGCAACGGCGACGGCGACGGCGACGACAUCGAGACCGGUCGCCGGCGGCCAGUUGUGGUCUUGUCGGCCUCGAGGCCAGUGCCAUGGCGGGACUCGGUUGA